AUGUUCCUCACACCCUCCGAAGUGGAUGAUCCCUACAACUUGGACCUGCGGUGUACCGUUCUUCGUGAUGAAGAGAUUCUCUAUAAAGGCGAUGUCAACACCUCUCAAAUCAACUGGAAGUUUGAAGAACUCACCGAAUUCCUGAUGCGGGAUAACCCGAUUCCGUUUGGAACUGUUGUUUCGACAGGCACGGGUAUCAUCGUUCCGAACGAUUUGCCGCUUGCCCCAGGUGAUACUGUCCAGAUAGAGAUUGAUGGGUUCGGCACGCUGUCAAACCCCGUUAAGCAACUUUAG